GGUUAAUUAUCGCUGUAAAUAUGUUUUUUAUUUUGUGAUGGAUUGUUCUUGUUCUGCUGUUGUGCUGUGCUGUGUUGCUUUUGAAAUCUUGAUUGUUCUUUUUUUAUAUGUAUGUUUAUGUUUUUGUUGUUGUUGUUGUUGGUGGUGGUGGUGUUUUUUAGUUCUUUUUUUAUAUGUAUGUUUAUGUUUUUGUUGUUGUUGGUGGUGGUGGUGUUUUUAGUUCUUGAUUUGAGUCGACGGUCUAUCGGAAACAGACCCACAAAAGUAGUUGUAAUGUUUGCUAUAUCCUACUGUCUUUGGACACGGCUUGUGGGAUUACUGUGUAUAUUAUUGUUGUUUUUUUUAUUCUUGAUUUGAGUUGAGGGUCUAUCGGAUACAGUCUAGUCUCUCCGUCCCACGAAUGUAGAUGUAAGGUCUGAGAACAUCCUACCCUCUCCGACCCCACUUGUGGGAUUUAUGGGUAUGUUGUUAAUUUUUUAGUUCUUGAUUGGGCCAGGGGACUAUCGGAAACAGUAGACAGUCUGUCUGCCCCACAAAGGUAGGUGUUAGGUCUGGGUACCGACUACCCUCUCCGGACCCCACUUGUGGGAUUAUACGGGAAACGUUGUUGUUUUUUAGUUCUUAAGGGGGGUUUCUUCUGUUUUAAGUAAUAGUUUAUGGACAAUGACUUUGGUUGAUGACCUAAAGUUUUGAUCUUUAUUCUUUUUUUAUCUGUACUUGUAGCUGGAAAGAUUUUGUUGAUUUUUGGGAUUCCUUUUAAUUGCACUGUGAGUUUUCUGAUUGAAGCAUCUUGUUCUGAGGUUUGAAAGUUGGUCUAUAUAUUGAACUACAAACAUGAACGUGAAUCAUCUAACUGUUGAAACUGAAGAUACUCUUGCUAGCUUGCUUGAAUUUGCAGCCAACAACGACAUAGAUGCUUUUAAAAGGUGGAUUGAGCAUGAUCUAUCUAGUGUUCAUGAGGUUGGGUUGUGGUAUGGGCGCCAAAAGGGCUCAAAGCAAAUGGUUCUCGAGCAUAGAACCCCUUUGAUGGUUGCUGCUAUGUAUGGCAGUAUUGAUGUUCUAAAACUGAUUCUUUCUCUAUCUGGAGUUGAUGUGAAUCAUUCUUGUGGCCGUGAUGAUAGCACUGCCCUUCAUUGUGCUGCGUCUGGUGGAUCUUUGAAUGCUGUUGAUGCUGUCAGAUUGCUUGUAGAAGCUGGUGCUGACCCAAACUUCAAAGAUGCUAAUGGUCAUCGCCCUCUUGAUGUUAUAGUUACUAAUCCGAAGGUUCACACCGUGAAACCUUGCCUAGAAAAUCUGCUCAAAACUGAUGCUAUGGGAGACUGCAAUCCGAGGGUGUCUAUGGCCAGUUCAAACUCAAAUUCUCCACCACUUUCGCCCUCUCUUGGAAACAGAUCACCAUCUUCUCCUUCAGAUACAACUUCUUCCCCGGGGAGUGAAAAAUGUACUGACCUCCCUGUGCCCUCUCCUUCAGAUACAACUUCUUCCCCGGGGAGUGAAAAAUGUACUGACCUCCCUGUGCCCUCUCCUUCAGAGAAGAAAGAAUACCCUAUUGAUCCCUCUUUGCCUGACAUAAAAAACAGUAUCUACUCCACAGACGAAUUCAGGAUGUUCUCGUUUAAGAUCAAGCCUUGCUCUCGUGCAUACUCACAUGAUUGGACUGAAUGCCCAUUUGUCCAUCCAGGUGAAAAUGCUCGAAGAAGAGAUCCAAGAAAGUACCACUACAGCUGUGUACCUUGCCCUGAAUUUCGCAAGGGAGCCUGCCGACGAGGGGACAUGUGUGAAUAUGCUCAUGGGGUUUUUGAGUGCUGGUUACAUCCUGCACAAUAUCGAACUCGGCUUUGCAAAGACAGUACACAGUGCGAUAGAAGAGUUUGUUUCUUUGCCCAUACACAGGAGGAACUCAGGCCACUGUAUGUCUCUACUGGUUCUGCUGUUCUGUCACCUCGAUCAAAUACUUCUGCUGCCAAUGCAAUAGAUUUCGCUGCUGCAAUGGGCCUAAUUCCAGGUUCUCCAUCCUCAGUCUCUGUCAUGUCUCCUUCAGCCUUCACUCCUCCGAUGUCUCCGUCGGCUAAUGGUGUUUCAAACAUGGGUUGGCCACCACAAAAUGUGCCAGCUUUGCAUCUUCCUGGCAGCAAUCUUCAGUCCAGUCGCUUGCGGUCAUCACUAAAUGCAAGAGAUAUCCCUGCUAAAGAUCUGACUACGUUGUCAGAUUUUGAUGUUGAGCAGCAGCAGCUACUAAAUGGACUGCCUUGCCUAUCCCAGUCCAGCAUGAGUCCUAAUUCUUUUAACCGUUCAGUUCGUCCGAAAACCUUAACCCCUUCGAAUCUCGAGGAUUUAUUUUCUGCUGAGGGCUCAUCUCCUAGAUAUUCUGAUCAAGCAUUAGCUCAAGCUGUUUUUUCCCCUACCCACAAGUCAGCGGUUUUCAACCAAUUCCACCAGCAGCAGCAGGCCAUGUUAUCUCCUAUUAAUACAAAAUUUUCACCGAGAAAUGUUGACAAUCCUCUAUUGCAGGGCUCUUUUGGAGUUCCAUCAUCGCGGAGCAUGUCUCCCCGAGGAAUGGAACCAAUCUCACCAAUGAGUUCCCGUGUUUCAAUACUUUCUCAAGGUGACAAGCAACAUCAAUUCAGGAGUCUCAGCUCUCGUGAUCUUGGCUCAAGUGCUGCCUCUGCCAUUGCUGGCUCUCCGUCAGAUACUUGGCCGAACUGGGGUAUAGCCUCGGGAGAGCCAGACUGGGCUGUCCGUAAUGAGGAGUUUGGUAGGCUAAGGAGAUCAUCAUCAUUUGAGCUUGCCAACAAUGGAGAAGAACCUGAUCUAUCUUGGGUCCAAUCUCUUGUCAAAGAAUCACCACAGGAAGCUACGGAGAAAUCUGCAUCUCGUGUAUCAGGCAUUACAGGUUCUGGUGCAGACAUCAGCGAAGGAUCAACAUCGGGUUCCCAGAGUGAACAAUAUGAUCAACUAGGCGCAUGGAUGGAGCAAAUGAAGCUUGAUCAGCUAAUAGCUCGGUAAAAAACAUCCUUAUUUUUCAUUUUACCCGAUCCUAGACGUUGGAUUUUUGAUUCUUGGUAUUCACUUCAUGUUGGCUUGGGAACAAGGCAAAAGUGCGGAAGGUCCAAGUUUUGAAGGAAAUUAUUUCUCUAAUUUUAUUUAAAGCCAGGUAUGAGAGAAAAACCGGUUUGCGCCGAGUUUUUCUCCAACAUUACUGUAUGUAGACUCUUACUCAUAUGAAAAUUUUACCCUAUGUUUCUUUGGUGAUCAGUGUACUGAAAGAAGUCAUUUUUUUGUGACAAUUAUGUAUUAACAUGAUUAUUAUUUCAUCUGA